ACCUGAGAUCAGCACAGAUUCCCGAAAAUAUUUUUAACAAUUCCAUCUGUCUGCUUAGCGCAUAAUUUAUACUCAUUAUUGCAACCAUGUAUUUAUUUAUUUUUUUGUAUUCUGGCACGAAUUUUUAAGCUCACAUCUGAGAUAUCAAAAUAGCCAAAGUAGUAACAAAUUUGUAUAAAAUGUGUUUAUAACAAAAUUUGUUUAAAAGGUAUUCGUACAAAAAAAUUUACUACAUAUGUUUUAAUACAUUUGCACGAAAUGUCCAAAUGCCACGUAAACGGUAUUAGAGAUGAGAGCAACAUUAAAGAAUUCUCUACCUUAGAUGCGCCUACACAAGAUCUUAUUUUAGCCGCUAUAGAAGCUCGCAAAAGUGCUUAUUGCCCAUACAGCAAUUUCGCAGUAGGUGCUGCUUUACGCACUUUUGAUGACAGCAUUUACACAGGAUGUAAUAUUGAGAAUGCAGCUUUUACUGCUGGUAUAUGUGCCGAACGUACAGCUGCAGCAAAGGCUGUAAGUGAAGGUAAACGUGACUUUGUCGCUUGCGCUGUGGUCGCCUUGCAGGAGGACUCAUUUACUACGCCAUGUGGUGUUUGUCGACAAUUCUUGAUUGAAUUUGCUAAGAAAGAUUUCCCUUUGUAUGUCACCAAAUCCAAUUUACCACCAUACCGCGUCCUUUGCACUAGCAUUGGAGAGUUAUUACCAAAACGUUUCUCUUUAUCAUAGUUACUUAUUAAUCAUUUAUAAAGCUUUCAGUUUUUAUUUUGCCUUCAGUUUUGUGCUUUUGAAAUAUUUAUUAAGCUUCUCUCGUCUCGUCAUUUGUUUGUCAAACCUUUAUUAACUGUUGAUUAGUAUGUAUGCAAUUAUUUAUUUUUAUUGUUUAGUUGCUUGAUGUUCAUUGUUCUGUAUAGUACUGUGAAGCAAAUGGAUAACCAAAUAAAAAA